AUGACUACCAUUAAUGAUUAUCGAUUUGAGUCUAUCCGUUUGGACAGCUUCCAAGGCUGGCCGCAUUUAUGGAUGAAGCCAGAAAAAUUCGCGGCGGCUGGAUUUUAUUAUACGGGCAUAAAGGACCAAGUAAAAUGUUUCACGUGUGAGAUUACAUUACUUCAGUGGAAACCAGAAGACAAUCCGAUGGUCAAGCAUCAACGGAUCUCUAGAAUGUGCGAUUUUGUUAAUAAUAUUCCAUGCGGAAAUGUACCGAUCGGUACGGAUCCUAGCACAAUUCCGGCACCUAAGCCUCGAGGAGAAGACGUAUGUGGAUUUUACAAUCCGAUGUAUCGUGCAGUCCAUGAAGAGACAGAAGAAAGAGUAAAUUAUUGGCUAAAACUGCUUCUAUAUCAACCAGCCUCAGGAUCGAAGCAUAACGAAUAUUCUAGUUAUAAUGCUAGACUAGCAUCGUAUGACAAAUGGCCUAAAGCAAGGUCACAAGCUGAAAAACUAGCAACUGCUGGAUUCUAUUAUUCGGGAAAUAAUGAUGAAACAUUGUGCUAUUAUUGCGGUGGAGGAUUAAAGAAUUGGGAGCCGAACAAUGAUCCCUGGGUAGAGCAUGCCAAAUGGUUCCACUAUUGUCUUUAUCUAGUUUUAACUAAAGGGACGGAAUUUAUAAACAACGUUACUGGGACAAUGUAUAUCAAAAAAAACCUUCCAUCUGUUGUUGAUACAGUGGGAGAGAAAUUUGAGAAAGCUGAUAGUGAAAAUAUUGCUAGUGGAAGCUCUCCUAAUUCAACUAAUGUAAAAAACAUAAAAAAAGAACCUAAUACAGAAGCAAGUGGUGUAUCGGAUGACGCCAGCAGCAAGGAACAAUCUGCCCUAACAUGUAUUAGCAAUUCAAAAAUAUUAUGCAAAAUUUGUUUAUUUAAAGAACGACAAAUCGUAUUUAUGCCAUGCCGUCAUUUUUUUACAUGUGUAGAGUGUGCGACAAAUUGCACAAAAUGUAUAUGUGGUGAGAAUAUUGAAUGUAUUUUAAAAGCUUAUUUGCCAAAUAAUCUGUAG